CAAAAGCUCCUGAAACAGAUGAGGUCUGUGUGGGAAAAGACACAAAAAAAUCAGAGAAACCUAAACCGAGAAACCAGCAUAAUUCAAACAUGGAUGAUGAUCCAUGCUGAGUACUGGAAAGUGUGCCAAUUGCUCUAUGGGGAAGAGCAACAUUAUUUAGAGAGACUGGAAAAGGAAAGAAAAGAGAUUUUUCAACAACUCAUGGAAACAUUUUGGAACCAUGUUGAAAAGCUACACCUUUCAAAAGGUUUGAAACUUAAUCAUUUUGAGAAAAUGGGUGUGAUGUUGGAGACUAUAAAACAUCAUGCAAAGGACCAAGUUCAUUAUUCUCCAGAACUACUGUGUUUGAAGUUGGCAGGACGGUGGAGACAUCUGAAAUUUACUGCAAGCACUAGAUGCGUAUCUGAACUGAAUUUAACAGAACGACAAUGGAAAAACCCAUUAACAGUACCCACAGUAUAUGUUUCCUGGGAAGAUGAAAUAGCCGCUUGUCACGUGCCCCUGUUUGAAGAUCUGAGACAUUUGCUCUCUACUCCUGCCCUUCUCGAUGUUGUCCAUAAUCCAACAAGGUCAAAGUGUUUCCUCGCAUGGGGAGCCCAGCCGUUCACUUCUGGCCGACAUUACUGGGAGGUGGACGUGGGGGGGUGUGGGAACUGGGUCACUGGAUUUUGUAAUGAUUCCUGGACAAAGAGGAAUGACAUGCUGGUUAACUCCGAGGGGAUUUUUCUACUUUUCUGUGUCAAGGAGGAGAAUUGCUGCCGUCUCUUUACCUCCUCCCCACUCCUGCCUCACUACGUGGAAAGGCCUCUUGGCCCCGUAGGGGUGUUCCUGGAUUAUGAAUGUGGUACACUGAGCUUUGUUAAUGCGGCCCAUAGUUCCCUCAUCUGUAGUCUCUUCUCCUGUUCCUUCUCUUCUCUGCAACCUUUCUUUUGCACUGGAACCACAUGAUCAGAGACAGGUCUGAAACCUGACCACAUGUAUCUGGAAUGCCAACUCCUGAGGAAGCUGAUUUGGUGCCUACUCGAUGGUCUUCAGUGUCAUCUACCCUUAUAAAAUGUAUUGAUUCUAUUCUUUUUAAAAGUGUUGAUAUUGUUAAGUGCAUAAAUGUUUCAAUUUUCUUUAAAUAAAAAUAAUCUCUCUCUGAGAAUACUGUGCAA